AAAAUGAACCAGUCAAAAUAAAAUUGCAAAAACACAUAGCCCCGCCGAGUCGCACCGAAGCAAUUGGUUUCGUGAUAUAUAAAAGUGUUUGUGCAGCAGGGAAGGCAGUCAGUACGCGAUUGAAAGUGCAAGCGCAAGGAAUUGGCGAAUGAAAUAAAAUAGAUGAAAACAAAAACAAAAGCAAAAACCAAUAAGCAAUCCUUUGAGUGCUUGCUGAAGAGCAUUGGAUACAAACAUUCUAACUAAAGGUGAUAAGAAAAUUAUGCAAAACAAGUAAAAAAGCAAAAUAAACUCCAGCAGAGCUCCACUCAAACUCCAAACUAAACGACAGAGAUUCAGGCAUAAUUUUCCGUCGUUGCGAAAGCCAAGGAAAAAUAUUAAAAACAAAGAAAACUAAAACGAAAAACUUGCCAUUCUGUGCUGCAAUCAUAAACAGGAAGUUCCAGGGAGCAAAUCAUUUUGCAGCUGAUAAGUGCGCAACAAAAACAAAGUGUAAAAGUAACAAAACAGCAAAGUAGUAUAAAAAGUAUAAUUCAGAAAAAAAAACACGAAAAAAGGAAGCAAGUUAAGCUAAAAGUGAAUACGACACUUCACAACAACUAGCGGUAACGUGCACACAGUAGAGAACGACCAGAACCAGAGACUAGGCGCAAGCCAGUCUUCUACGUACUCGACUCGAGUCUCAAGCAUUGCACAACCAGCAGCAUAUCUAGGCGCUUGGCAAACAUUCAUACAGCGACAGCAGACAGACCGACAGGCCGGUCGCCGAAUAAACAGACAGCCAACAGCCAAGCAGUGAGUGUGCAGGAGAGCAGAAACAUUUGCCUGCAACCUACAGUGCGAACGCCUAACCAGUCGAAGAUAAACACAAAGAAAGGACGAAGCAAAGCAGACCAUAAAGCGAGAUUGGGUAGAAGAAGGAGCAGCCGGAGCUAAUAGAGUACGGUGGUGGAGAGAAAACUUUUGCUGGCGACAGGUGAACGAAGGUCCUCACUGAAAACACAUACAAACGAAACCAAACAUAUAAAACGCUUGUGCGCUGCUAUCCUACCCCCUCGCAAUCCCCAGGGACAGACACGUAACGCAAACAAAACAGAGCAAAAUAAAAUAUAAAACAUAAAGCUAAAAAUAGCCGACCAGCCAGGCAGCACGGCAGGAAGGUAGGCAGGUAGGCAGGCAGGCGGCAGUUGUCGAACGAUCCAAAAGCACUGCAAUCCAGUCAGUCAGUCAGCCAACCAGCCACCCAGUUACUGAGCACACGGUAGGCGCGGCAAGUGAGUUAGAGACGCGGUGCGGUGGCUUGGUAGUUUUAGUGGCAGCAAAACAAAGCCGAAACUAAAUUGGCGAAAAGCAAAUAUAAGCCAAGAGACUUUAAUGCGCAGUCUUACCAAAAAUAAACGAGAAAACAAGAAAAUAAAAUAAGAAACCUAAGAAAAAAUAUAUAAGAAAUAAAGAGUGUGUGUAUGUGAAAAAAAAAUUUAGUGGAGUGUGCCUAGCGAGAAAAGAGAAAAAUAAAACAACAACCGUGCAGACAGUUAAGGUGCUACAAAGUGCAUAUCCACCCCUAGAAUCUGAGCAGAUAAGCAUAAAAAUAAAGCAGACAAAAAAGUGCGAAAAAAAAAACAAAAAACACAGCGAAGUCCGCAAACGACGAGUGCGUCCGAAAAAAGCAAGCACAUACUGUGUCAAAACUAAUAAAAAGUAAGUUAUCCCCUCGGAGAAAUAGUGCGAAACGUGCAGGUAGAAAAAUUGUGUUUGCUAAACGACAGGUGAGCCCCAAACGAACUGUGGUCAAAAGUCGUCAAUAAGCUGCUAAGCGACGUGACUCUUCUCACCAAAAACAAAAAACCAAAUAAAAACAGAGAAAACCUAAUAAAAAGGCAUCACCGAGUAGGUUUGUACAGUGCGACGCAAACAAACAAUCAACAGUUGCGUGUGGAACAAAUGAGCUAUACGCACAUGUUGUGCUGAAAGUAAAUAAGUAAGUAAGCGGCUUAAAAUUGAAGCCCGGACGACGUGCGUGGAAGUGCGUGCCACAUGCGAGAGAGCAAAGCCAACGAAAACUGAGUGACUGUUGUCGACAGGAAAACGCAAUUAAACAGAUAGCUUAAACUGGACGGUGACUAAAGUAGAGAGUGCGAAGAGUGAGAGCAAAAUUUAAAGACAGUUUGGUAAACUUAGAAUUCAUUAAAGAUUGUAGCGCGCACUGGGAAAUAUAUGCCGCAAACUGACCACAAGGGCUUUUAUAAGGCUGAAUAGUUCCUCAAAGUAAUGUCAAAAUAUAAUAAAAAAAAUUAACUAAGAAGCUUCUGCAGAAUAUCUCACAAGGCACACAACUACAAUCUACGCAAGUGGUCAAGCCUCAACCAAUUUAGAUUGCGGUCGGUGCUAUUAGAAACUUGUACACACAGUUCCUCCAAAGAUUCAACACACAACCGUAAAUCUACACGAACGGACGACGCAAAUCAUAGUAGCUUACUCGACUCACUCCAGACAAUUGCAAGAAUCGCAGACACGCAAACGUAACAGCUAAAGUAGAGUUGCGGGAACAGCGCAUCGAUUAUCGAUUUUGUCUCCACUGACAUAUAACAAGAUUGGCGCGCUCAAAAAGAAGAAGACAACAAGAGCAACAAGAAAAGACUAUAGCAAGCGUAUAUAUACAUAGAUAAAGUAGAAAACAAAAAAAUUUAGUAAUAGAAAAAGGAAACACAACCAGACGACAGCGUAACUGACAAACGGAAGACUGAAGUCUAAAGCUGUGCGAGCCAAGUGAGCAGGCGUGUGCUGUGUAGUGAGCCAUUAUCGGCCACAAACGAACGAACGAGCGUUACGACGCAGUUGCCGGUGUUGGUAAUGAAACCCGCGGCAAACUAAGGGCGGCAUACCGACCAACGGCCAACCAACGACCGACCGGGGUUAGCAAGAAGCCAGUGUAGUAGAGCGCCUCGAAACGGGCUCAACCAAACAACAAAUAAACAAAGGAAAAAUAAACAAACAAGCAACUAAAAUAUUAUUGUAAUCGCUUGGAUUACAGUAACAACGACUGAACGCUCGACUGGCGCGCCACACAGCGCUUACGACGGCAAUCGAAGUCUGUGAAAUUGCCAUUUCAACGGCGUAUUUAACUAUCGUACAUUGCCAGCCAAGCACACCGAUGAAAGGAGAAAACAACAUAUAAAAUACAGUGGCGAAAAAAGUGUGUGUUCGGUGCAGGAAAGUAAUGAAAAAAUAACAAAACCAAAGCAAAAAAAAGCGACUAAACAUAAGAAACCAACUAGCACGAACAGCAAACGGAAACAGCUGAACAUAAAACCCACGAAAAGCCAUUGAAAGCACACAAAGAAAUCAACAGCCAACGAGACUUACAGCGAAUCUAAAGGACAACAAAAAAAAAACAGCGGAAACGUACUUUUUGGCGAGGCAUCAAAACGUUCCGGCGAAAAAUUGCGAUUACGUGAAAAACUUCAGCCAACAAACAAGCGCUCCCGCAGGCGAAAGCGCUAGCCGCCAUAAGGCAGCAAUCAACAACUUGUGAAGACAACGGAAAAAGUUGGGAAUAGCCGUUGACGUUGCCAAGAAAUUCACGCGGCGAUAAAACGAAAAGUUGCUUGGUGAAAAUUGAGCAACGCAUCUUCCAGCAUUCCAGUUCCGUUAAGGGGCAGUACGGCCUCAAUAAUAGCUUGGGCAUAGUACGCAGCUUGUAACGUUAACCUCGUAACGCAAACAACUUACUAAGAGACUGUGAGAGAAUGAAGACUUUUGUGUUCAAGCGAAUUGUUGCUUAGACUUAAACAGCAUAUCCGAGACCCAGCAUCCAAAAGCCAAAAAAAGAGCCUACGCUUUAUUUGCGUUCCCACAAAAGUCACUUGAACUCCUGACCGACCCUUUCGGCGUCCGACAAGCAAUUCUCGCCUCUCAACAAUUCGUUUCACACCCAGCCAAGUAGUAACGAAAAAUCCCCAAACAUAGCACGUCUAAUAGAUCGUUUACGCCGCCUCAACAAAAAGAAAAUGCUCUGCUCCAUUCUACGUACCUUCGCCUGCGUGCUGAUCAUACAGGGUGGCAUUUACGCAUUGCGUUUGAAUGGCCCUGGUGGCGGCGGCAGCAGUCCUGGUGCGGGCGGUGUCAGUAGCAUAGGCAUUGGUAGUGGCGUUAAUACGCCAACGAAUAUUGGCGUCGGCGUCGGCGGCACGCAACACAAUACCGCCGCGAAUAGCAAUCAAAUGCUCAAUAUACUCUCCGCAACGCAGCACGCGCAACAUUUGCAUGCCGGCGGCAGUGGUAGCGGUAGUAGUGGUGGUGGCGUUGGCAGCGGCAGUCUUGCGCAUACCUUCAGCAAAUCCAUGGUGGGUCAGUUAGAUAGCGCUGGCCGUUUGUCCCAGGAGCUGGCCGAUAUGGCGCAGCUGGAGCGCGAACGGCUUAUGUUGCUCGGUCUGGCGAAACAGACCGCUGCGGCCAACGCGGGCACUGGCCAUCACGGACGUCCCAUCAUCACCGGUCGCAUACAAAUGAGCCCUGUCGAGGAGGUGGAGAGCGAUUAUCCGUCAUUGCUGUUGCAACAGGCCCGCGGUCCUAUGUAUGGUAGUGUCGUGAAACAGCCGUCAGCCAUUGAGGAUGAGUAUAUAGACGAGGAGGGCGAAUACGGCGCGCACACGCGCCCUGAGAAGUAUGAGUAUGGGCACAUCGUGCAACCUUCCGACCGCGAGGAAUACGGCCAGCCGCAGCGUGGUGACGACUUGGAUGUGCUGAUCGAGGCUGAACCAGAGCUGGAUGAAAUGCUCACCGAUUUGGACAGCUACCAGUACUUAGAUGAGUUGUUGCCGCCCGAACAUCGCAGCAUGUGGAGUGAUGACUCGCCAGCUCAUGCCGUUGCCGGCGGCAAUACUAGGCCACAUCACUUGAACGAUGGUUUGCCGCUACUGUUGAAUCCAUACCGCACGCUCGAGGAACUCGAGGAAAGCGCACCGCACACCUUGCAGGAAAUAUUCGAAAAGGAACAGCAUGGUGGUGGCGGUGGCUUGAAAGAGCAGCGCGCGCAGCAAGUGCAGCAGCAGGCACAUGAACAACAACAGCAGCAUCAAAAACAUUAUCCGCCACAGCAGCAACAACACGCAUUUGGCGGCGGGAUUAAGCAUCGCAGUGGCGCCUAUGCUGGUGGUAGCGCCGGCGGUGCUGAAAACUUCAAUACACAUCUGCAGCAGAAGUGGCAACGUAAACGCUCACAGCAACAACAACAACAGCGCCAGUUGCAACAGUGGCAGCGCAAUAUUUUCGGCCAACAGCGGCAGCAGUUGCAUCAUUUUGGCUCGAACACUGAAAGACACAAUAAUUUCGCGUUUGCCAAUUCGGAAGCCACCGCCAGCAAGCAUAUUCAGCCGAACAACAGCAACGAUAACAAAUUGCCAAGCGCUCUCAUCGCAAUGGCACCGCAGCAAAAAAGUUCCUCUUCAACACUGUUGUCCGCCGACAGUGGCGCGACAAUCAAAAGUGAGCAGCAGCAACAACAAGAACUAAAGCAAACGCCAAUGCAGCAGCAGGUUGGCAAGGGAAACAUUGAUGAUAGCGCUAGCUCAACGACCGCUUUCGCUAAAGCUGCUGCGAAAUUGAAAGCACAACAACAGACACAACAGCAACAGCAACAGCUACAUAAGCAACAGCAAACGCCAUUACAAAAGCAGGAGUCUUUCUUGCAUCCCAAUCAUAAACGUUCCGGCGGCCUGGGCGUCGGCGGCGGUGGUGCGGGCAAUAGUAUGUCCGCAGCUGCUGCUGCGGCGGCGAAUAACGGUUACUCGUCCAUAGCGAGUCAGCUGAUGUUGCGCACAGCGCGAGGGCAGCGGCAGUACGAUGUGCCACAAAUAGAAUGUCCCGCCGCUAUGGAUGGCAUGGAGCGCUUUGCGUGUCCCACACCCGAUCUGCAGGGUCGGUAUCGGUGCAUAGACGAUCAUGUGCUAUGCGAUGGAUUCAUCGAUUGUCCGGAGGGUGAGGAUGAAGAUCGGAGAUCGUGUAUGUUCUACAAAACGGUUAAAGCCCAUCUUGAUGUGUUAGCGGAUGCGUUACUGCGUUGGGCGCGAGGGCGUUAAACAAUAACAACAACCACCACACAUAUUGUACAACAAAAUAACACAACAUAACUCUCGCCUUCCUAUGCAUUAAUGCAAACAAAACAAAAACACACUUACGAAAGCAACACGAAUAUACA